CUUGAGUCCGCGUAUAGAAAUCAUAUCGAAGACGUGAAAGCAUUCCUUGAAUCAAAGAAUGCCCCGUAUAUUGUGGUUAAUAUAAGCGGCCGUUCGUACGGUUACAAUAGGUUUGGAUCGCAAAUUAAAGUGUUUGAAGGCGGCAUCACUUGGAAGGACGCCAAACACUCUCCAACUCUUGUUUCCAUUCUAUCUUUAUGUCAAUUGAUUCAAAAGUGGAUGAGUUCUGACAAAAAGAAUAUUACUGUUAUUCAUUGCAUGGAUGGAAAAGUUAAUAGCGCUCUCUUAACGACAGCUUUAGUCCUAUGGAUUGACUUAUUUGGUGACUAUAGAACUGCUUUAAACUUUUUUGCGGUUAAACGAAUGCCAAUAGAGUUGACUCCAUCGCAGUCGCGUUAUCUCUCAUAUGUCUCCCGAUUGUGUGACAAACAAUCGAUGAAAUGUUCUUCACGUUCCGAUACUUUUGUCAUUAUUAAGUCGAUUGCAAUGAAAGGCGUUCCUUUAUUUACAAAAUUAAGAGACGGCUGUCGGCCUUUCAUUGAAAUCUUUAUGAACGGAGAGAUAAGGAUUGGUUCGACAGCUAAUGAUUACGAGAAACUUCGUCCGUAUUCGAGGGCUUCGGACAACACUGUUCUCUGGAAUGAGAUUAGAGUUCAAUGCGAUUCCAAAGCAGACAUUUUACUUGUGAUAUCACACGCGAGAUCAACCAUUGGCUCAAAGAUGUUGCAGUCGAAGAUGACUGCCAUCAGAAUGUCUUCAGUUCAGUUCAAUUUGUUUUUCGAACACAAAGGAGUUGUCGGACAACACGUUCUUAAGUUUGAUGUCAACUCUUUGGACGACAUCGAAGAGUUAGAUCGAUAUCCAAAAGAUUUUCAAGUGAUCAUUGAAUAUGAAUUGCAAACUAAUUGCUCGAAUGGUUCUCAAACUUCGGCCAAACCUAAGAAUUUUGAAGAAUAUGAGGCGACUUCUGAACCGAUUUGUAUCUUCUCUAACGAACUAGAGUUAGAAGAAUGUCAGGAAAUGUUUGCGUCUAAGACUGAAAAACCAGUCAAACCCGAGAGACCGGCGCCGCAAAGACCUCCUCCACCGCGAGAGGCAAUCAUAUCAUCGGAACCACAAUUAGUGGCAAAUAUUUCUAAAUCUAAGGGAGAGUCGCCUCCAAACGAAGGCUUCUUUGAAACGCUUGAUUGGGAAGAGAACCGAUUCAGUGAUAAGUCUGAAGAGUUUACUUUGGAUGACAACAUUAUGAAUGAGAAACCAAAGCCUGCGAGACCUCCUGUUAAUGAUCUCCUCCUCAAUCUUAGUAUCGAUGAAACAACGACUCAAAAGCAGAACACAGUUCUAACUAAUAGUGAAUUACCAAACGAUUUAUUCGGAACAACUGAUCCACAGAUGGACUUAUUUACCGAAACUAAUAUUAUUCCCAAUAAUGUUGGCAUUGAUUCGAAUGUCAAUCUUCUUCAAGAUCUAGACUUUAUGAGCGCUAAUACGGGUCCACCGAUGGCUGCUUUCGAUGCGAACAAUGUGUUGAAACCGAGUCCUCCGGUGAUAACACCGACUUCACCACUGUCUGGAGGAAUGGCUUUUAACGCAUCUCUGCAAAGAAACACAUCGACGCCCAACUUAACAAUCUUAGAUCCUUUGGCACAAUUGGGUUCAUUCCUUACAUCGACGGUCACAACCACUGCACCAAACAUUCCACGAGUCAACUCGUAUUCAACAUUUCAAACGGCAAACCUUCCGAAGCCUGACUACAAUCGAAGCAAUUUUAACGAAGUCAAGAACACAACCACUUCUACCGCAUGUAAUGCUAAAGUAUUGGGCAAUGCUUUUGAGGAUCUUUUGGGAGGCUUUAAACCGACUCAAAACGAAACGACAAAUAAAAGUAUUUCUCAAAUGAGAGACGAAGAAAUGCUCAAAGACGGGACAAUAGAUCCGAUGAGACUUAAAGUAAUGAAAUGGAAAGAAGGGAAGACCAGGAAUAUAAGAGCGCUGUUGUGUUCGUUGAAUGUGAUUAUAUGGGAGGGAUGUAAUUGGCAACCAAUAGGAAUGCAUCAAUUGGUGACCGCCAGCGAUGUCAAGAAGUUCUACCGCAAGGCGUGUUUGGCCGUACAUCCGGACAAAUUGGUGGGAACAGAACACGAAGAGAUGGCGAAACUGGUAUUCAUGGAAUUGAACGACGCGUGGAUGGAGUUUGAAAAGCAAAUACAAUAA